AUGGGUACAGAGAACAAGCACGGACCCUUGUAUUUUGAUCUGAAUACAGGUGCGAAGAUGCCGGCAGUCGGCCUCGGGACAUGGAAAGCUCCACCCGGUGAAGUCGGCGAAGCUGUCAAAGCCGCGGUCAAGGCUGGUUACAGACACAUUGACUGUGCCCGUGUUUACGAUAAUGAGAAAGAGGUGGGGAAAGCACUGAGCGAGUUAUUUGCUUCUGGAAUUGUACAGCGGAGUGAGUUAUUCAUCACAUCUAAACUAUGGUGCAGUGACCAUGCUCCUGAAGAUGUGCCAAAGGCACUAGCAAAGAGCUUACAAGAUCUGCAGCUCGACUACGUUGAUCUGUACCUGAUCCAUUGGCCAUUUCGGACAAAGUCAGGCUCCAAGGGGUGGGAUCCUGAAGUCAUGGCUCCAUUAUGCCUGCCAGAGACCUGGGCAGCCAUGGAAGCUUUGCAAGCUUCUGGUCAGGCUCGUGCGAUUGGUGUUAGCAACUUCUCUACUAAGAAGCUGAAAGACCUCGUGGGUUACGCGAAAGUGCCUCCAGCAGUCAACCAGGUGGAGUGCCAUCCUGUUUGGCAGCAGCCUGCGCUUCAUGAAUUCUGCAAAUCAGCUGGAGUCCAUCUCUCGGCGUAUUCGCCAUUGGGAUCACCGGGUUCAUGGGUUAAGGGAGAGAUCUUGAAAGAGCCCGUCCUAAUUGAAAUUGCAGAGAAGCUGAAGAAAUCCCCAGCGCAAGUUGCAUUGCGUUGGGGAAUCCAGAGUGGUCACAGUGUGCUUCCGAAGACUGUCAAUGAAUCCAGGCUCAAGGAAAAUAUAAGCUUGUUCGAUUGGUGCAUUCCUCUCGAUCUGUUCUCGAAAUUCUCUGAAGUCCAUCAGCAAAGGCUUCUACGGGGAGAUUUUGCGUUGCACGAGAGCAAAAGUCCCUACAAAACUCUCGAGGAACUAUGGGACGGGGAAAUAUGA